UCAUUCUUUAGUCUCAGAGCAGAGUGGCAGAGAUUGUAAAGAUGACUGGGAUAGUUUCUUGCAUAAAGUGACUGCAGCGAAAUGCUUCAUAUUUUCAUGCACACAGGCAGCAUUGAGUGGGACGGCCUAUUUACGAAGAUAUAAAUCCCCGAGCUUACAGCACAGAAUGCUUGAUUUGAAAGCAUUGCAGUCAUGCACAGAGCCAGUUUUCCUGCUGCCUAACCUGCUUUCUGCCGGAGGUUGGCUGAGGGAUGCUAACGGCUGUGCUUUGCUCUGAGGUCACAGCUUGAAGUCUUUUUUUUUUUUUCUUCCUUAAUUUGCUUUCUGCCGCAGGAGAGGAUCUGUGAAGUUUAUUGGUGCAACCAUCCUUGUAUUUUAUCAAAGGUACAAACUUGGGAUAGUUAUUAUGAACAAAAGGACAAGAAGAAAUUCACCACCCAAGGUGGCUGUGGUUCUCUGAAUACUUUUGUUGCAAGGCACAAUUCCUUUUGAGAUAAUUUCUGAAUAGAAGGUAGCCAUGAGGUUCUUCAUCAGUCAUCUUGUUACGCUCUGUUUCAUCUUCUGUGUGGCAGACUCUACCCAUUUUUCAGAGGAAGGAAACAAAGGUUAUGGACCCGUUUUUGAGGAGCAACCCAUUGAUACCAUCUAUCCAGAAGAAUCUUCAGAUGGACAAGUUUCAAUGAACUGCAGGGCUCGAGCAGUUCCUUUUCCUACUUACAAGUGGAAACUCAACAACUGGGAUAUUGAUUUAACAAAGGAUCGCUACAGUAUGGUAGGAGGCAGACUUGUUAUCAGUAACCCAGAGAAAUCAAGGGAUGCUGGAAAAUAUGUCUGUGUAGUGUCGAAUAUCUUUGGAACUGUAAGAAGCAGCGAAGCAACUCUGAGUUUUGGAUAUCUGGAUCCUUUUCCACCAGAGGAGCAUUAUGAAGUUAAAGUACGAGAAGGUGUUGGAGCAGUGCUUCUUUGUGAGCCUCCUUACCACUACCCAGAUGAUCUCAGUUAUCGCUGGCUUCUAAAUGAGUUCCCAGUAUUCAUUGCUUUGGACAGACGACGGUUUGUGUCUCAGACAAAUGGCAAUCUCUACAUUGCAAAUGUAGAAGCAUCAGAUAAGGGAAAUUAUUCAUGUUUUGUGUCCAGCCCUUCAAUAACAAAGAGUGUAUUCAGUAAAUUUAUUCCACUUAUUCCACAGGCUGAUCGUGCCAAAGUGUAUCCUGCUGAUAUCAAGGUGAAGUUCAAGGACACGUAUGCUCUCCUGGGGCAAAAUGUGACACUGGAGUGUUUUGCUCUUGGGAAUCCGGUUCCUGAACUCAGAUGGAGUAAAUACCUUGAACCAAUGCCAGCCACUGCUGAGAUAAGCAUGUCUGGUGCAGUUCUUAAGAUCUUUAAUAUUCAGUAUGAAGAUGAAGGACUUUAUGAGUGUGAAGCUGAAAACUAUAAAGGAAAAGAUAAACAUCAAGCAAGAGUUUAUGUGCAAGCCGCUCCAGAGUGGGUAGAACAUAUCAAUGACACAGAGAAGGAUAUAGGCAGUGAUCUCUACUGGCCAUGUGUAGCUACAGGAAAACCUAUUCCAACAAUUAGGUGGCUGAAGAAUGGUGUCUCGUUCCGGAAAGGUGAACUACGAAUUCAAAGCCUGACCUUUGAAGAUGCUGGCAUGUAUCAAUGUAUAGCAGAAAACACGCAUGGAAUUAUUUAUGCAAAUGCUGAACUGAAGAUUGUGGCUUCACCUCCUACUUUUGAACUGAACCCUAUGAAGAAGAAAAUCCUAGCAGCUAAAGGGGGGCGUGUAAUCAUUGAAUGCAAACCUAAAGCUGCUCCCAAGCCAAAAUUCUCCUGGAGCAAAGGAACAGAAUUGCUUGUAAAUGGGAGCCGCAUACAUAUUUGGGAUGAUGGGAGCCUGGAAAUUAUCAAUGUCACAAAGCUGGAUGAAGGCCGCUACACCUGUUUUGCCGAAAAUAACCGAGGAAAAGCUAAUAGCACUGGUGUUCUGGAAAUGACAGAAGCUACAAGGAUUACUUUAGCACCACUGAAUGUUGAUGUCACCGUUGGAGAGAAUGCUACCAUGCAAUGCAUUGCAUCCCACGAUCCCUCAUUAGACCUGACAUUUAUUUGGUCUCUGAAUGGCUUUGUAAUAGACUUUGAGAAAGAACAUGAACAUUAUGAAAGGAAUGUCAUGAUUAAAUCCAAUGGUGAACUGCUCAUUAAAAAUGUUCAGCUGCGGCAUGCUGGAAGAUACACGUGUACUGCCCAGACAAUUGUUGACAAUUCUUCAGCGUCAGCUGACCUCGUCGUAAGAGGUCCUCCAGGCCCUCCAGGAGGCAUAAGAAUAGAAGAAAUUAGAGACACCACUGUAGCACUUACCUGGAGUCGUGGAACAGACAAUCAUAGCCCUAUUUCUAAAUACACUAUCCAGUCAAAAACUUUCCUAUCUGAGGAGUGGAAAGAUGCCAAAACAGAUCCAUCAGAUAUUGAAGGAAACAUGGAAUCCGCUAAAGUGAUUGAUUUAAUUCCAUGGAUGGAAUAUGAGUUCCGGAUAAUAGCAACAAACACUUUGGGAACAGGGGAACCGAGUAUGCCCUCACAAAGAAUCAGAACUGAAGGCGCUCCUCCUAAUGUGGCUCCUUCUGAUGUUGGAGGAGGAGGUGGAAGCAAUCGAGAGCUGACAAUAACAUGGAUGCCUCUGUCAAGAGAAUACCACUAUGGCAAUAACUUUGGUUACAUAGUGGCUUUCAAGCCGUUUGGUGAGAAAGAGUGGAGAAGAGUUACAGUUACUAAUCCCGAAAUUGGCCGUUAUGUCCACAAGGAUGAAUCAAUGCCUCCUUCUACCCAGUACCAAGUAAAAGUGAAAGCCUUUAACAAUAAAGGGGAUGGGCCUUUCAGUCUCACUGCUGUCAUUUAUUCAGCACAAGAUGCUCCAACUGAGGUACCUACAGAUGUGAGUGUGAAAGUUUUGUCAUCUUCUGAAAUUUCUGUUUCUUGGCAUCAUGUUACUGAGAAAUCUGUGGAAGGAUAUCAGAUUCGUUACUGGGCUGCUCAUGAUAAAGAAGCAGCUGCACAGAGGGUACAAGUAAGCAAUCAAGAGUAUUCAACCAAACUGGAAAACUUGAAGCCUAAUACACGCUACCACAUAGAUGUUUCUGCCUUCAAUAGUGCAGGCUAUGGACCUCCCAGUAGAACCAUUGACAUUAUUACCAGGAAAGCACCUCCAAGCCAACGUCCAAGAAUCAUCAGUUCUGUAAGAUCUGGUUCAAGGUACAUCAUCACCUGGGAUCAUGUGAAGGCAAUGUCAAAUGAGUCCGCAGUUGAAGGAUACAAAGUGCUAUAUAGACCUGAUGGACAACAUGAAGGCAAGUUGUUUUCAACUGGAAAACACACAAUAGAGGUCCCAGUCCCCAGUGAUGGUGAAUAUGUUGUUGAGGUCCGAGCACACAGUGAAGGAGGAGAUGGAGAAGUAGCUCAAAUUAAAAUUUCAGGUGCCACUGCUGGAGUACCAACUCUGCUCCUGGGCCUGGUGCUGCCUGCCCUCGGUGUCCUUGCCUACUCGGGAUUCUGAAUGUAGCUGGAUUUACCUUGUCCUCACCCGAACACAAGGGACUCCCUUUGAAGAGGAGGACUGCAACUCUUGAUUCCUGUGGCACCAUCCUAAGCCAAAUAAAUUACACCUCAAAAUAAAUUACCCUACCAAUUUCCUAUGAACUUUGGAAGGACUGAGGCAUCCAGGAACUCCUUCACUAAGUAAAUCAACUUUUGAAAGGAUAAGAAAUAUUUUUAACUUGUUCCAAUAUGCCUUAUAAAAACACUUAUGCUGAUCUGUGACAGUUGCAUGAUUCGGUCCAAUGGGGCAAGUUACAGUGUUAAAACCCAAUAACAUAGGCUGUACAGUGAAAGUAAAAUCACCAUACGUAGGUGCUUUAACUUGAAUAACAAAUUGUGAAAUAUAAUAGAGAUUGAAAUGUUGAUUGUAUGUGAUAAAUGUAAGAGUACUACGUCUGUCUGUACUAUCCUAUAUGUUUUGUGUACUGCAUAUUUUUGAAUGGCCCCAUCAUCAUUCAUUGGGAUUACUGGUUUUUUGAGAGACAGUCAAAGCAAAAACAUUUUGUUUAUUUUCACAGCUAUAUUUCUUGAGGCUAUUGGAUACAAUCGGAAGGACUUGAAAUAAACGUCAGUGGCAAGAAAAAUGUUCUUUUAACUAUGUUCAGAAUACCUGAGACAUUCAUAGCAAGCUCAGCUUAAAGGAGUUCACCUGUACUUCACUGACACCAGAUUUAAUGUAUUUUUUUCUUAAAACAGUUCUGUUGAAAAUUUGGUUAUGGUCAUUGUUGAUGAUUUUAGGAGUGAAAUGUCAGCUUUCAGGGAAGCAGCACAAUAUAUCGGAUUUGAUUUAGUAUUAAUACUGUUAUUAUUAAGGAAGCAAUAUAACACAUAGAAGACUAAAGAUACAGUCUGUAUUAAGAUCAGCUAAAUGGACCAUGAAAUGGUAGGAAACUUAUGUUAUUUUUUAAAGUAAAGAGAUUUAAAAUAUAUUAAAAAAGAAAAAGAAAAUGAAAUAGAUAUACGGUAAAUGACAAAAACAGAGUAGCACAGUUAAAAAAUUAUUAUAUUUACAUUUCUAUGCUGCAGAUGCCAGGUGUUACCUUCUUGUGGUGAAGCGUACAUUUGGGAGAAUUAUAUGCUUUUUCAAGGAUUUGAUAUUAUUCUAAUAUUCGUAUUGUUGUAAAUAAGAGUUAUAAAGUUCUGGGACUGUUUCCCUAUUUGACAGAGUACUGAAUGAUCCAACUGUGUGUUAAAACAUGAAAGUCAGAUCCCAAAUGUCAGUUGAAACUAAAUGUUUGCUAUGGCCUUUGCAGAAUGGGAAUUCUAUUAGAGAUAGAGAAUGUUUUUGUUCUGACUGUGUCCAGAGUGUUUCGGGGGUUUUUUGGAGUGUGUUUUAUUUUUUGAAGUUUUUAAAGAAAUACACAUUCUUUAUGUUUUCCAUGGUAUGCUGGGAAUUAGUUUGAGUAUGAAUGUUGAAGAAACACAGUGAUAUUGAAUCAGAUGGCUCGAGUAAUAGUGCAAUGUCUGAUGCUUCAAGAAUUAUAAGCUUUGAAUCAUAUUUUAUUAGCACAACCUUGCUAGCUACUUAGAAAUAGAUUUUAUCUUUUUAGAACUGAUACUGUAGAGGUCCAUAACAAUAUUUACAUGGAACAAGAAUAGGCCUAUUAAUGAUUUUCACCUCCUUCUUUAAUUUGUAUAAUUUUGUACUAUAUAUUUACAUGUACAAGUGUAGAGUCUUCAUCAAGAAAUAUCAAUGAUACUGUUUUAGUUUAAUUUUAACUAUUUGUUACAAGAUGAAAAUUUUUUAAAUAGGUGAAAGUGAUAACUUCCCUAUAGAGGAAUGUCAAGGUGUCAAGCACUACUCUGUUUCGUAAACUGUAUAAUUAUUUGAAAGAGCAAUGAUCUGUCUUCAUACCUGAGAAACUAAUAUGCUGUAAGCCUUCUGUACAAAAAAAGAAAUGUGUUUUAUUGUAUUUCAUUUGGUUUCAUUCUUUUACAGUAUGACUCAUUUUUAUAUAAUCUACAGCCACAACUAAAACUUUUGCCAAAUGCAUGAUUGCCUUUUACUUUUCUAACACGUGGUGUAAAAAGCAAAACUGGUUAGUUUUUGCAUGAAAAUGACCUGGGAGGGAAAGCCACUUCCUUUUUUAAAUCAGCAGCACAGAUGAGGUAGGUCUCACGUACUGAACUGAUAGUUCAGAGUUUUUCAUUGCUUCACAUAAGUGUAUAAAUUCAACUGGGACCUGCAGUUUCAAAUUGCUGUAAAGAAAAACUAACCAAUGUAUCAUCCGCUUUAAAACGCAAGGUUCUUAAUUAAAGUUUAUAUAGAUAGACAGACA